GUACAGUGAGGCAGGUGGUGGAAGGAAGGUGUCCCCGGCAGAGACCAGCAGUGACCCGGAUUGGGGCUUGUCUGAGGGAUCCACAGAGAUGCCAGAAGUCACUUUUCGAGUAUUAAUUCUCCAAAUCUCCAACAUGGCUCCACAGUGACCUGCUGAGCAUGGCCUUCCCGGGGUGUCUAGGCUGCUGAUAGCACACACUGGCGGAAGGUUCACCUCAUCCCUGGGCCUUCUAGAGCCAUGGAGGAUAAACGGAACAUCCAGAUUAUAGAAUGGGAGCAUCUAGACAAGAAAAAGUUCUAUGUCUUUGGUGUCUGCAUGACUAUGGCUAUCCGGGUGAGUGUCUACCCCUUCACUCUCAUCCGGACUCGCCUGCAGGUGCAGAAGGGGAAAAGUCUCUACAAUGGGACAUUUGAUGCCUUUGUGAAAAUACUACGGUCAGAGGGACUUGCUGGAUUUUACAGGGGUUUCCUGGUAAACACUUUUACCCUGAUCUCUGGACAAUGCUAUGUGACCACCUACGAACUCACCCGGAAGUAUGUGUCUGGAUACAGCAGCAACAACACAGUAAAGUCCCUGGUGGCGGGAGGCUCUGCAUCUCUGGUGGCACAAAGCAUCACAGUUCCCAUCGAUGUGAUAUCGCAGCACCUCAUGAUGCAGAGAAAAGGAGAAAGCAUGGGACGGUUUCGGAUUCGCGUGGCAGAACGCAAGCAGACAUUGGCUUUUGGCCAGACCAAGGAUAUUAUUGUUCAGAUCUGCAAAGCCGAUGGGCUGAGAGGAUUCUACAGAGGUUACAUUGCUUCUCUUCUCACCUACAUCCCGAACAGUGCGGUAUGGUGGCCCUUCUACCACUUUUAUGCAGAACAAUUGUCUCGCCUGUCGCCAAAUGAUUGCCCACACCUCCUUCUCCAAGCCAUAUCCGGACCACUGGCGGCAGCUACAGCAUCCACCAUUACCAACCCAAUGGAUGUUAUAAGAGCGCGUGUGCAGGUUGAAGGCAAAAGUUCCAUUAUUGGCACCUUCAAACAACUGAUGGCAGAAGAAGGACCAUGGGGUCUAACUAAAGGUCUUUCCGCCCGCAUCAUUUCAGCCACACCUUCCACCAUUGUCAUCGUUGUGGGUUAUGAGACACUAAAGAAGAUUAGCCUUCGCCCAGAGCUGGUAGAUUCAAGACAUUGGUGAAACUGUCCCUACAACCAAGGGGCAGAUGGUGGGGCAUGACAUUUUUUGGGUGGCUUUUAUACAUUUCUGAAAGAAGACAUCAUGGAAUGGAAACCACUAGACAUGUCUGAAGAAUGUCUAACCCCCACCCACCAGUGUUCGAAAAAUGGUGUAUAUAGAUAUAAAUGUAUGUGGUUAAUGCACAUGGUUAUCAACUGUGUAUUUACGGUUGUGACGGACAGUUUUGAAGACUCGUGGUGGUUCACCUACUUUUGCUGCUGGAUUAAUGUUGGAGCAAACAAACCCUUUAAGAACACAAGAAAAUAAGGUGUAAUUUACGGUAAACCGAGUCUCGGUACAUCCAUUCUCUUGUGUGACAUACAUGCAUCAUGUACAUCACGUGACUCCUACCUUAUCCGAUUCCUAGCCCGAUUUUGGGAUAUGUCUGCCCCCAACACACACGUUUUAAAGAAAGAGAUUAAAAUAUGUGUGGGUUUUUUUUAAAUAUAAUUUUAACAUGAAAUUAGAUCUGUUUAUUUAAUUGCCAAAAUGUUGGGAGUGUUUACAAGUCCGUGCUUGUUUUGUAUAGAACAGAAAAUAACUUUUUUUUAUGUAACUGUAAAUGUGCUCCCUCUGUUAAAAUGAAUUAACUGAUUUAUAUGUUUUUUU